AGAAGAACAAGUGAAGAUUCAAAUAAACCAGAUUAAAAACAAAGGAAAAGGAAAGAUGGUAUAUGAAGAAGACAAAAUAGAAGAAAAAGUACAAGCAAAAAAUAUCACCAUAGAAGCAGAAAAGAAAGAAAUUGAUACAAGAUAUCAAGGAAUUGAAGAGAAUAGAGGGAGAAGUAUUCUAAAGGAAAAGAGAAAGUGA